AUGAGUACUGAUAACAGCCGUGAUGAUAAUAUCGAAAAGGAAAGAACAAAACAACGUGUUGUUAUUAUUCCCGGUAUGGGAUGUUCUGCUCGUCAUUCACAUUGGUAUUAUUGGCUAACAUGUGAAUUGGCUAAAAUUGAUAAUGGUCAGAAAUAUUUGUGUAUUUUGGAAGACAUGCCGGAUCCCGCCGAAUGUAAAGAAUCUAUUUGGAUACCGUUUAUUAAAAAUGAAUUAAAAGUAGAUGAAAAUACAAUAAUUAUUGGACAUAGUUCGGGUAGUAAUGCGUGUAUGAGAUUAAUUGAAAACACUCGUGUUAAAGGUGUGAUACUUGUAGCUACAUCUUAUACAGAUUUAGGUUCGGAAGGAGAAAAAAACACUGGAUAUUUCAACAGGCCAUGGAAUUGGGAAUUGAUGCGUUCAAAUGCUGAUUGGAUUGUUCAAUUACAUUCUGUUAGUGAUCAUUUGAUACCGGUUAAUGAAGGUAGAUAUGUUGCUCAGCAUUUAAAAACUGAAUAUAUUGAACAUGCAAGAAUGGGACAUUAUAUGGUAAAACAAUUUCCAGAAUUAGCGAGUAUUAUCGAAAAAAAAUGCAAAUAA